GGGUGUGCAGUUAGAAGCAAGUUCCAGUCAUCACAGUAUGCUUCAACAACCUGAGGGCUAUCACAGACUUCUAAAAGAAUUAUUAUGAAAAAACAAGCUGCAGUCGACAUAGGAUUGGAAAGACUGGCAUUAGAAGUGAGAUUAUAAUUUUUCAUAUAACUUUAAUAUUAUAUAACUUUUUAUUUUAUUUUAUUUUUUUACAUUUUCUGUAGAUUUUACAAAACGAGAAAGUUAAAUUAAAUCAUCGGCUGUAAGAAGCCAUUACAGGGCGCAAGGCUGAGGAAACGGUCAUACCAAAAUGGCUUCCAACUCGUCCGUGUCAGAAGAAGACCUCACCUGUCGAGUGUGCAACGACAUCUUCACCGACCCCGUCACCCUCCAGUGCAGCCACAGCGUCUGCAAAGACUGUCUGCAUGGGCGCUGGGCGGAUGGCGGGGCGGGAGAAUGUCCGUUCUGUCAGCGGAAGACCACGGAGGACCCUGCUUGCGACCUGGAUUUGAAGAACCUGUGCGAGGCCAUUUUAAAAAGCAGGAUCGAGAGAUCGGCGUCCGGAUCGGAGCCCCUGUGCACGCUGCACAACGAGACGCUGAAGCUCUUCUGUCUGGAUGAUGACGAGCCCAUCUGCGUCGUCUGUCAGACCUCGCAGCAGCACGAGAACCACAAACUGCGCCCCGUCAAGGAAGUGGUGUUGAAGUAUAAGGAGGAGGUCGACGGUGCUCUAAGGCCUCUGCAGGAGAAGCUGGAGUCCUUUAUCGCCGAGAAGCAGAAGAGUGACCAAGCAGCGGAUCUCAUCAAGAGUCAGGCUGAGUGCACAGCUAUACAAAUACACGAGGAGUUUGAGAAACUUCGCCAGUUUCUGCUGAAUGAAGAAGUGACCAGGAUCGCUGCACUGAGAGAGGAAGAGGAUCAGAAGAGCCAGAAGAUGAAGGAGAGGAUUGAAAAAAUGACAAAAGAGAUUUCAUCCCUGACAGACACGAUCAGAGCUUUAGAGCAGGACAUGAAAGCUGAUGAUAUCUCUUUCCUGCAGAACUACAAGGCCACAAAGAGCAGAGCCCAAUACAAAGUGCCUCUUCCAGAGAAGAUGCCAGGAGGGCAUAUCGAUGUGGCCAAACACCUGGGCAACCUGAAGUGCAGAGUGUGGGAGAAGAUGCAGGGGAUGGUUCAGUACACCACGGUCACCCUAGAUCCAAACACCAAAGGAGAUGAUCUCACCGUGUCUGAGGACCUGACCAGCCUGCAGUACAGAGGAGAGCCUGACACUGGCUCUCUGGACGACAUCUUAAAGUGCGUUGUGCUGGGGUCCGAAUCCUUCUCCUCUGGCAAACAGUGCUGGGAUGUGGAGGUCGGGGACAAUCCCGCCUGGGUUCUGGGGGUGGCUGAGAACUCCUCAGAUGCAGGCGAGCCGGGGGAAAUGUGGAGCAUUGGCUAUCGAGACGGGCAAUACGAAGCCAUGAAAUGCGGUGAGAAGACCACCAAGCUGACCGUCAGGAGAGACGUGAAGAGGGUCAGAGUGCAGCUGGACUGGGACAGGGGGAGGCUGUCCUUCUCCGAACCCACCAGCAACACCUCCCUGCACACCUUCAGGUGCAGAUUCACCAAGCGCCUCUUCCCCUUGUUCUUGGUGGCUUCCGACUGCGUUCCGCUGAGAAUCUGCCCGCUGAAGAUCUGCGUCACAGUGACAUAGCAGUGCUGUGCUGGGGACACAGAUCAGAGGUCAGCGGACGGAGAGGGCGUGGGUUGAUCUCACUGUCUGUGAUUACUGUAGUUUAGAUCAACCUAUCAUAUUCAACACCAAUCUAAAUCAGAGGAUAUACAGUGUGUGAUCGCACACGGGAAUAUGUCUUAGUGUGGAGAAGUGUGUACUUUAUGUAUGGAAUUGUACCCAAUCUACCCAAUCAGCUCAUUGAGCAGUAAAAUCAGCAUCAGCUCAGUUUUCUCUCAAAAUCAUUUCACCCUACCCUGCUCUCCAACCACAGCUCAUGCUGGCUCUUUGAUUGAAAGACUCAUCCCCCAAAGUCAAUGCUUUUAUUCAUGAAAUAAAUUCUCCAUUUGCCCUUAUCCUCCAAAUGGGAAGUCAGCUCAGACCAGUUGCCAGCUCAGUUGCGGUUCCGAGAUCCAGGCAGCUCUUCUUUCAGUUGUUUCAUUGUCCCAGUAGAUCAGUUAGUCAGUUAAGAUCGGUCAGUUAAAAUCUCUUUCAGUCUAUUGAGUCGAUGAGCUUCAUCCUUUUUUUAACCCCUUUGCGCAAAAUUCCCAAUCUGGCAACCCUCACCCAUUUUUGCAGUCUUCUACUUUGAGGCUUUGUAACUCCAGAGCUGAGACCUGGAUAGUGGAUUAUAUGUGGGGGCCACAUUGGCUCAGGCGGUAAGAGCAGUCGCCUGGCAGUCAGAGGGUCACCGGUUUGAUCCCCUGCCUUGGGUGUGUCAACACGUCCCUGAGCCCAACCCCCAAGUGCUCCUGACGACACUGAUGGUGUGUGUGAAUGGAUGAAUGGGAAUCAUCAGUUGAACAGCACUGUGGAUAAAGGCAGACAUGUACCACUUAAACUUGUGCAAUUUACAAUACUUAAUGUAGUCAAUUUAUACCUAAAUUAUGAAAACAACAUGCUAUAAAUACAACAAAUCCAAAAAAAAAAAAUUUAUCUCUUUAUUUUGCAAUGAGUAACAAACAGGAAACAGGCAGACCUAUACAUUUUCUGAAUCACAAACUCUUUGACCACAAGUGUGAAAAAUCUGAAGGUGAUAUGCAGCUACUACUAGAGAUACAUGAAGCAAAAUGUAAACAGUGUACCCUGUGUCCCUUAGUGUCUCCAAAUCUAUCAAGAAUGGCACAAUUGUAUAUUGCUGUAAAUAAUAAAAAAAUAUAUAUGCUUUUACUACAAA